GCAACUUAUUAGCAACUUAUUAUUCCUAUAGCUAGAGAGUGUUCCAUCUUGGUGCUAAAAAUGGAGGGUUUGUGCCAUCAUUAUAGGUUCUUAAUAGUAACACUAGUGGUACUUUCUGGGCUUCGGCAAUCUUAUUCUUCAACAACCACUCGGAAAUUUGAAUUUAAUAUUGAGUGGAAGAAGGUAACACGUUUGUGCCACACAAAACCACUUCUAACAGUGAACGGGGAGUACCCAGGUCCAACCAUUGCUGUCCAUGAAGGUGACAAUGUUGAAGUGAAGGUUACUAAUCGCGUUUCCAUGAACACUACCAUCCAUUGGCAUGGAAUAAGGCAACUAAGAAGUGCAUGGGCAGAUGGACCAGCUUACAUCACACAGUGCCCUAUUAGAGGAGGGCAGUCCUACACAUACAACUUCACUGUGAUCGAUCAAAGAGGCACCCUUCUAUGGCAUGCACAUUAUGGCUGGCAACGUGCUUCAUUAUAUGGUGCCUUCAUAAUCUACCCUCGCAUGCCAUAUCCAUUCUCAGUUCCAACCCAAUCUGAAGUCCCUAUCAUAUUUGGGGAAUGGUGGAAUGGAGAUGUGGAUGCUGUGGAAAAUGAGAUGAUGUUGUAUGGUGGUGGGCCUAAUAGUUCAGAUGCUUAUACCAUUAAUGGCUUGCCUGGACCUCUUUAUCCUUGCUCAAAGAAAGAUACUUUCAUCCAGACAGUCGAGCGUGGAAAAACCUACUUGUUUAGAAUCAUCAAUGCAGCACUUAAUGAUGAGCUCUUCUUUGCCAUAGCUAAUCACACAUUGACUGUUGUUGAAGCUGAUGCAGUUUAUACCAAACCUUUCACAACUAGAGCCAUAAUGGUUGCUCCUGGACAAACCACUAAUGUUUUGGUCACGGCAAAUCAAGUUCCAGACUCAUCGGGCAUGUUUGUAAUGGCAGCAAAGCCUUAUGUCACUGCCGUUUUCCCCUUUGAUAAUUCCACCACAGCUGGCUUUCUAAAAUACAAAAGUACAAGGACUGAAAAAAUUGAGGCCCCAACUUUGCCUACCAACCUUGCAUUUCACAAUCUUCCUGAAAUGAAAGACACAGUCUAUGCCACAACAUUUUCUAAAAUGCUUCGUAGCCUUGCAUCUCCUGAGUACCCUUGCAACGUGCCCAAAAAGAUUGACAAGCGAGUUAUAACAACUGUAAGCCUUAACCUUCAAGAUUGUCCUGCAAACAAAACUUGCAAAGCUUUAGGCAAGAGAUUCUUUGCUUCAAUGAACAAUCAAUCAUUUGUUCGGCCGUUUAAGUCAGUAUUGGAAAGCCAUUACAAGAACCUCACAAAUGUUGAAUUUUCGUAUGAUUUCCCCGAAGAGCCUCCUACUGCUUUUAAUUAUACCGGCGUAGACCCCCUCACCGAAAACAUGAACACAGAGUUUGGUACAAAGCUUUUGGAAGUGCCUUACGGCACAAACAUGGAAAUUGUGCUGCAGGGUACAAGUUUUCUUAAUAAAGAGAACCAUCCCAUUCAUGUCCAUGGUCACAAUUUCUUUGUCGUUGGCAGUGGGUUUGGGAAUUUCGAUGUUGCUAAGGAUCCAGCAAAAUAUAAUCUUGUUGAUCCUCCAGAGAGAAACACAGUGCCAGUUCCAACUGGGGGAUGGGCUGCAAUUAGACUCAAGGCUGACAAUCCAGGAGUUUGGUUCAUACAUUGCCAUCUUGAGGAACAUACUUCCUGGGGUCUUGCUAUGGUUUUCAUUGUCAAAAAUGGUAUAGGCCAAUCUCAGAGCUUGCUUCCUCCACCUAAAGAUCUCCCACUCUGCUAAGAUUACUAUAACUAUUAGUCUGGGAAUCAGAUGCCAAAUUUUUGAUGAUCGAGUUUACAACUUCUCUUAGCUUAUCACUAUAUGUAAAUCAUAAAAGCGUUUGUCAAUCUUUAGUUUAAUGGAUUAGCAUAUGAGGUACGUGCAGUGUGUAUAAGUGUUUCUUGUGGAAUUUUAUAUAUAGUUUGUGAACCUUUACAA